CUUCGAAUGGACCGCAACACAUUUGGAAAGUUGUGUCGUAUUCUGGCAGGCCGGGGGGGUUACAAAUUGGUAAAUGUCUAGGGAUCGAAGAACAGGUAGCGAUAUUUGUUGGCGUUCUGGCACAUCACACAAAAAACCGGAUUAUAAAAUUUAAUUUUACACGGUCUGGAUCCACGGUAUCCUAUUACGUCAAUAAAGUUUUAGGUGAUGUGCUUAGCCUUCAUGACAUAGUCUUUUCAACGCCUACCCCGGUACCGGAGGACUGCAAUGACGACAGAUGGAAAUGGUUCAAGGGUUGCCUAGGUGCUCUUGAUGGAACACACAUCGACGUCUUGGUGAGCACCAGUGAUAAACCACGGUAUCGCACGCGCAAAGGGUCUAUUGCCACCAACGUGUUAGCUGUGUGCGACCGAGACAUGCAGUGUGUGUAUAUCCUACCUGGAUGGGAGGGGUCCGCGGGGGAUUCUCGUGUGCUAAGGGAUGCGGUGGCCAGACAAAAUGGCUUCAGAGUUCCCCAAGGUUGCUAUUAUUUAUGCGACAAUGCAUACACUAACUGCAACGGCUUCUUAACUCCUUACAAAGGCGUCCGCUAUCAUCUCAAGGAAUGGGGGGUCGGAGAUGCAGCUCCACAAGAUCCCAAAGAACUGUUUAACAUGCGUCACAACAAGGCUAGGAAUGUAAUCGAACGAGCCUUUGUUGUGCUUAAGAUGCGUUGGGGGAUUUUGCGAAGUGCAUCAUUUUACCCAAUUCAAACCCAGAUCAGGCUGAUCAUGGCUUGUUUCUUUCUGCAUAAUUUCAUUCGGCGUGAGAUGAGUACUGAUCCCUUAGAAGACUCCCUUGCAGAAGAUGCUUCUACAAACCUUCAUGAUGACAAUUAUGUCGCACAACAAUACAUUGAUGUUGUGGAACCUUCGCAAGAGUGGACUGCACUGCGUGAUACCAUGGCCCUGAACAUGUGGAACAGUAGAUAGAUUGAAAUUAGUAACUUAGUAAUGCUUGUUAUGAACUUGUGGGAUCUAUGUAAUACUACCAAUCCCAGACUAUUUGUUGUGAUGUUUUUUUCAGCCUGUGUCGUUAUGCACUUGUUUAUGGGGCAAAUACAGUACACAUGUGGCUAUAACUCUAAUUCAUCAUCAAUUGCACAUUCUCUCUUUUCUUA